GCCUCGAUCGCCCGCAAGGUCACCCGCGAGGAGCCGAUCCUGACCUACUACUGGGGCCCGACGGCGGUGAUCGGCCGCUACAACCUGGUGCGGCUCGAGAUGCCGGCCUACGAGCCCGAGAAGUUCGUCUGCCUGACCGACCCGAACUGCGAGAACCCGCAGCUUUCCGACUGGAAGCCGGGCGAGGUGGCGGUCGCCGUGGUCAGCGAGCUGAAGGACAAGGCGCCCAACGUCACGGCUUUCCUCGAGAAGAUGACCGUGCCGAACGACGCCAUCAACGCCGUGCUGGCCUGGGGCGACGAGAUGUCCGCCAGCCCGGAGGAGACGGCCAACUACUUCUUCGAGAACUACCCCGAGGUCUGGACCCAGUGGGUGCCGGAGGACGUGGCGAACAAGGCAAGCAAGAGCCCGACCUGGGGCAAGCCGAACAGGGGACGGCGUGACAUGGCAGAGAACAGCCCGCGACUGCUCGCCCAGGUUUUCAGCGGCGAGUUUCCGGAUUUCAUCGACACGCGCGAGCUGCGCAUCACCAUCGACGAGGCCUUCAACUGGGUCGUGAUCGAGUUCGGCGAGGCGCUGGAAAUCGCCUUCCUGCCGGUGCUGCACCUGCUCAAUGCCAUCGAGGACUUCCUGCUGUGGAUGCCCUGGUGGCUGGUGAUCGGCAUCAUCGCCGGGCUGGGCUACGCCGCCACCCGGUCCUGGAAGGUGACCGGCGCGAUCGCGGCGAUGAUGUUCCUGAUGGGCUUCUUCGGCAUGUGGGAGCCGGCGAUGGCGACCGUGGCGCUGAUGCUCACGGCGACGCUGCUGGCCGUGGUGAUCGGCAUCCCGCUGGGCAUCGGCAUGUCGCGCAGCGACCGCAUGCAGGCCGGCAUGCUGCCGGUGCUCGACAUCAUGCAGACCAUGCCGAUCUUCGUGUAUCUGAUUCCCUUCGUGAUGCUGUUCGGCCCCGGCAAGAUCCCGGCGCUGCUGGCGACCAUCGUCUUCGCCGUGCCGCCGGUCAUCCGCCUGACCAACCUGGGCAUUCGCCAGGUCGACCCGGAGGUGAUGGAGGCCGUGAUCGCCUUCGGUGCGACGCCGCGCCAGCGCCUCUUCUCGGUGCAGAUCCCGCUGGCGCUGCCGACCAUAGUGGCCGGCAUCAACCAGACCACCAUGAUGGCCCUGUCGAUGGUGGUGAUCGCCUCGAUGAUCG